ACUGAACCAUUUAUCUGGGUGGUCUCUAGUAUAGGCAUCCGAUUCCUCAUACUCUAGUAAAGAUCUAUUUUUCUUUUUUUCUAAGCAGUAAAGAUCUAUUUGCUUACACUACAAAUCUCACUCAAACUCAAACAGGAAGCAGAUAAAGAAACUCAGCCCGGUUCAGAGUUCACAACUUCCCAGUUCAGAUUUCUCACUCUCUCUAAAUAAAAUUCCACGAUUUCACCUCCCAAAUAAAGGGAAACUUCAAACAGAAAUAAUUAAUAAAUAAGAAAAUUUAAUAUGUCUACCGUUUCUUCCUCUAUAUUCUUCGGCAUUCUCGCCACUGAUAUCUUCUCUUCUAAAACUCCUCAAAAUCCACCCAAAGUUCCUAACUUUUUCCCUUCGCUUUACCCAAAAUUGCCUUCAUGUCUCCACCUCCUCGCCCACCGCGCUUCAAGAAAGUCCCUGACCCUGGUUUCUUCAAAGUCCUCUGGUUCCUCAGAGGAACUCUCAUCAGCUAGCCCAGAGGAUGAGUGGCUGAAGAAGCUUCCGGACAAGAAGAAGCCCCUAUACUCUCACAGCCUGCCUUGUAUUGAGGCAUGGCUCAGGAACUUGGGGUUUAACCAGAGCAAAGAGGACCGAGCCGUUUGGCUUGUGGAGAAGCCCGAGUGGCACGCCCAACUCUCACUGGAUGUCACUGACCUCUAUAUAAGGUACCUGAAAAGUGGACCUGGGAAUCUUGAAAAGGAUGUUGAGAGGCGAUUUAGUUAUGCACUGAGCAGGGAGGAUAUUGAGAAUGCCGUGCUCGGAGGACCUUAGCCAAAACAUUGAUUAAUCUUGCUGUCAUAUUGUUGAUGGAAUUAGAAGCAGUGAUGGCUUUUGAUAUCUAUUUCAUAUCAUUGAAUGCAAACUGCAAAAUGAUAUCAUAAUGUUUCAACCCUGUUGCUUUUGUGGAUC